GCAUCGAAAAAAUAAACGACCUGCUGGAGGUUGAUUUUUAAUUAUGUGCGCUUCGUGGUUACUUAAGUCCAUUCUGGAUGGUGUUGAGAAAAAGUGUCAAUCAAUUUUCGCAGUAUGGGAUGAGAUAGGCGUAGAAGGUUCAGAACUUGAGCAAGAAGUGGGUUCCGUCGUAAAACGAAUGGAUGUAUUGCUGGACAGUGUAUUAACUGACAAAGAAAUCAGGAAAACACAAUUAUCUCAAUCAAUUAAUGAGCUCACCGCAUUCAUUAAAGAAAUAUCUUCAGAAAUUAACAGUACACCUUCUGAUCCUCCAACAACCACAACUUUGUUAAAUACAUACAAUUUUCUGUUGUCUGAAAAAGAGAGGCUUUUAAAGGACGCUGAUGAUUUUAUUCAAGAGUUCAAUUCGUUAAAGAAGCUGGAAAAAGAUCUGUGUCAUCGUUUAUGUGAAGCAGAAAUGACAAUUGUUUACAAAGUGGUUCCAUCUAAAGAACAGAUGAAAUUACUUAGCAGACGCGUUGAUCAUCUAAAGCUUGUUAAAGCUGAAAGGUGUGCCAAGUUUUUAGAACUUAGGUCCCAGAUGUUUGCCGGUUACGCAAAGCUUGGAAAGUCUUUGAGGCUGGUUUCAGACUCUUGUUGUCUCGUCAAGGAGAUACUGGCACCAGAAGCGUUAGAAACUUUCACCUUUUCUGAAGAAAAUAUGUUUUCUAUGUCAGACAUUGUUGAUCAGUUGGCUUCUGACUGUGCACGUGUCGACACGGAAUGCAAAAUAUAUAGAGAUCGCUUGAACCUUCUACUUCAAUUGCUGAACCCGUUGGGCGUUACUUGUAGUGAAAUUGAGGAUGAAAAUUCAAGUUCCACAUUACGCAUCUUGAGAACAGAAGUGGAUCGGUUAGAAGUUCUACGUACACGUCAUAUGGAUGCUUUGAUUUCCGCCGCCCACUUACAUGUUUGCCAGUGUUGGGAUGAUUGUUUUGUGGGCGACGAAUAUCGUCAGAAUUUCAAAUCUUUGUUACAAAAUAAAGAUAGUGAGAAUGUACUAACCAUUCUGGAAAAGGAAAUUAUCACGUGGAAAGGUUUCAAAGAAAACAACCAUGAAUUUCUUUUAGACGUUGUUAAGUGGUGUGAUCAAUUUUCUUCCUUUCAAAGUUUGAAGAAACGAAUGAAAGAACCUUCAGUGCUACAAAAUCGUGGCGGUAUAUUGUUAAAGCUUGAGAAAGAACGCAAACAACUAUCACGUGAUUUACCGAGUUUAGAAGCUAGGAUUAGAGAGGUGUUCUUAAGUCUUUGUGUUGCCAGCCCUUCACUAGCUUCAGCCAUUCGAUUGGGGUCGGAAAAUUUGAAUCCAGUAGAUUUUAUUAUGAAAUCAUGGGAAAGUUUACAAAAUGACAAAGAAAAUGAAAAACAAAACGAUCGUAUGCCCAAAUCUGCAAAAAUCAUUGAAACUAAACCUCCUGGUGCAUUGAACUGUGGAAAAAGUCUCAAACGACCUAAUCCAUAUUGUAAUGAAACAACUAUCUUACGUGAUCAUAGUUCUGGUAGCUCUGUAUCAUCAUUAUUAGCAGAUAGUCAACCGAAACAAAGUCGUGUUGGAAACUUUCUCAAGAAACCGGGAUUAGUAAAGUCGAAAAUUGAUUCACGUAGACGAAGUCGUUCAGUUCCUCCCGGAAGUCGAAAACUUAUUCUCUCAAAAGUGGUUAUUCAAGAAAAUAAUUAUCCAAUGGCAUCUAAAUGUGUGUUAGAUGAUAUAAAUUUAUGUGCUAAAUCUACACUGACAAAACAAUCUGUUGCUGAAGUGGAAAGCUUUUUUGAAGGCUUUAAGGGUAAUGAUAAAGGACCUCAUGUGUCAACAUUCAUUCAUUGAUUGAUUCUCAUCUAAAUUACAUCAAAAGGUACUUUGUUUGAACUAUUGAUUCAAUUAUUGUAUCCUCCUCGUCCUCCUCCUAUUUAAUCCUUCUUUUUUUCGAACAGUUAUUUAUUUAUUUCAGUGUGACUUUCAUACUUAAAAAUAUAAUAUGAAGAAGUGACUUUUACUAUUUAACAUAUUGAAUUGUUGAAUUGUUCAAUCCAAUUGAAUUUCCUAGUUUU